GGACGGCUGAUUUGCGCAUGCGCGCUGUUGUCAAACUGAAAGCGAGUAGCAUUAGCGCCUGUGACGUGACCAAGUGUUUUUAUUGGGGAACGUGGAAGACAAACGUGCAAUGUUUAGAAGAAAAUUGACCGCCUUAGACUAUCAUAGUCCCGGUGGAUUUGACUGUACAGAUGAGACCCAGUUCAGGAACUUUGUAGUGUGGCUAGAGGACCAGAAGAUUCGACACUACAAAAUUGAAGACCGAGGCAGCCUGCGAAAUAUCCCCAGCUCGGACUGGCCCAAAGCAUACCAGAAGUAUUUGCAGGACGUCAACUGUCCCUUUGGAGCGGCUGAAAGAGCGGAGGCUGUGGACUGGCUGCUGGGUCUGGCCGUGCGAUAUGAAUAUGGAGACAAUGUGGACAAAUAUAGAAAUUGUCCAACACUGGAAGCCUCGAGCGAUUGCAGAGCGGCGUCAGACCCUCUCGUCAACCUCGACAGUGACUCGCCAGAUUUCAAAGCGGGCGUGCUCGCCCUGGCCAACAUCCUCAAGAUCCAGCGGCAUGACGAUUACCUGGUGAUGCUCAAGGCCAUUCGGAUCCUCAUCCAAGAAAGGCUUUCACCAGAGGCCAUCGCCAAAGCCAGCAAAAACAGAGAGGGUGUCCCAGUAGCCUUAGAGAAGCACACCUUGGGAUUUGAUACCGGCGAUGCCACGCUGAACGAAGCCGCACAAAUCCUACGUCUGCUACACAUCGACGAGCUGCGAGAGCUUCAGACCAAGAUCAAUGAAGCCAUCGUAGCGGUCCAAGCUGUCAUUGCCGACCCAAAAACAGACCAUCGGCUGGGCAAGGUCGGCAGAUGAGGGCCAUGAAGGAAGUUUCUGGAGGACUGGCGUUCAUUUCAAAGUCUGUGGUUGAGACACCAGUUUUUUCUUCUGUGACACUUUAUUUUGUGUGAUCUUCCAAGACUUUGUUUCAAAGAGAAACAGCCAUUUGUUCUGAUUUAGAAAACACUAGUGUGAUUAUUUUUUUUGGUUCCCUUUUUUGUGUGCUUCCACAGAGCGGCAAACUCCAAAAAAUAAAAAUAAAUGAGUCCAGUACCAGAACACUUUUUAAUGUUAUAAAUAUCACAUUUUAUAAAGCGGCGGGGGGGAAAACAAAUCUAAUCAGGAGGCGGGGGACUAUUAGUGGUGCAGGGAAAUAAUGACAUACGUGGAGCUGCUGAAAUUCUGACACACAGUGGAGGGAAAGCCUUCAUGAUUGUAAUCUGAUUUACAUUCCUCACUUCGGAUGAUCCUUUCCAAGUUUCCGGUCUUCAUGCUCGGCGAAAUUGAGCUCGUCAACUGCUAACGUGGCCCACGAUUAAACUCCGAGUUGGGUGCAAAGAUUUUACAGCUCUUUACUGCUUAAAACACACUUGAAAUUUU